AUGUUAGAAAGUUUCGAAUGUAACAGUGGUCCUAUGGGAUUGCAUCCUAUCAGCAGUGAGAAGGAUCAUUGUGAGGGUCCCUGCCCAUUAUCACCGAGCAGAAAAACCCGUAAUGAAAAUCAACAUCCCCAAGACGGUAGAAGUAAAAACAAAUCAUCGAACGAACAGAUGAAUAACGGUAUGCCACCGGCAGACUUCAUCGAGUCAGCGGUGAGCGGACCGCUCGAAAAGGUAAACAACACGAAGUCAGCGUCGAGCGAGAGCAUGACUCAUGCGUCGAUUGUACCUGCGCCUACAAUACUAUCGGACGGGCCGUGCUACAAUGACCGCAGGCCGCAGGAGAAAAAAUCUUACUCUAAAGUUUUGGAACAAGUGAAUGUGAUAAACUAUGCAUCAGAUACUGUUGGACAUCAGUUCAGAGAACAUUACAAGACUGUAAUAGGAUUGCUUUCAGCAAUAUUUAUACUACCAUGGCUGUACAGUUCGAUACCAAGAAGUUUCUGUUGUAUCUUUUGGCAAUUUGUCAGUUUUAUAAGUUUCACCACUACUCUGCUCAUCAGACUUUGCAGCUCAUACAUUACAAUGACAAUUGCACUUGCGUACAUGAUAAGUGUAUAUUUCAUGUGGAAACCAUCAAGAGCUUCAAUGUUCCGAUUCACAUCUCACAUUCUGUGGCUGGUUAUUGCAAGUUUUAUAGCUAAUUUAGCAGGAUCAUUCAAAGUAUACAUGUUUAUAUUCCUGGAAGCCAUCUGUAUAACUGGUUUUAUCUUAGAAGUGAUUCAUAUGCAUAAACAACUUAUAAUUAAAGAUCCUGAAGCAUCAAUAUUUAAAGCACUACAAUAUACAUUAACCAAUAAACAGUGUGAUAAUACAUUGGAAAAAAUUGAAGAAAAACCAGAAGAAAUGUCAGAAGGUGCAAGUGAAAAAGAUUCUACACCCGACAAAGACUCCCCUUCUCCCGUCACCCCCGAAACUGUCGUUAAAAGAGGAAGUUGGACGGGAAACGACCCCAUUCAAAGUUCUCACAGACAAGCCAAGCUAUUGUUUAAAACAAGGACUCUAUCCGCACUACCAUUGCCAAACCCAAAAUCGAAAUCCAUAGAAAAUCGCAUAUUAGCUUCCUUUAGGCAGAGAUCUUUAGAUGAGAAUUAUAUAAGAAAUAACUUCAAUGAUGAUGAAACAGCAUUGUAUUUCAAACUUUUAUUCUUCGGGUGCCUUUGUAUGCUUAUUUGGAAGCAUAUAUGGUUGUUACCAGUCAUGCUGUUCUUUUUGGCUAUACAUAUUAUAAAAAUAAUGCUAAAUUUCUUUGGUGUUUGGUUGUUCUUCGAGAAUCAAUACAAUUGCCUUAAAGCAAAAGUAGGAGGCUGGUGGAAUGAAAGAAAAUCUGCCCUACUACCAGCAGAGAUACGCGGUAUAGGAAAGAUGCUUUCAAUUUGCAACUCCAGUGUAAUCGAAAUGGCAUACGAGUCUGUGGACACGGUUUCUACGUGCAUAGUCAUUGUUGGUCUAAUACUGUUUGUUGCGGUUGCCACUAUAUUCAUUUGUAUACAAAUAUAUUCUGAAGCGAUAGUCGUAGUACAGCUCAGUGGUAGCUUACUGAACAGUACAUUCGUUCAAAAUAGUGAAUUACAUGCAUAUUUGCCCGAAGGGUGGGAGGAAAAAUUAGACUCUCUCAUAGACAACGCAUAUACAUAUGGACGGGAAGGAAUCUCAACAGGAAUAAUGAGAUAUGUAAAAAGCAUCUUAAAAGAAGGCGAUCCAGAAAAAAUAGCGAAAGUAGAACAGCAAGUGUUAGAAAUAUGGGAUCGAGUGUACCAAAGCUGGGUUUCUGGGACUUUCGCCACACAGAUGGGCCCCCAAGUUGAUGGCACUGCUGUUCAAGACUCUUGGGAUAGUUUUGUAAACGACGUGGGUGCUCCUGGUUUAUUCGACUACACUGGUAUAAUCGCAUGGGUGCAAGCCAAUGUGGGCACGUUGAGUGCUAUAGCGACCGGUAUUUGGGCGCCGCUAGCCAGCAACGUGUCGCUGCUGGCUGGCUCGUUGGGAGCUUUCACUUCUCUACUUCUAUGUGGUGGGGGGGCUAUUAUCAACAUGUUCAUCAAUUUGAUUGUGUUCUUCACAACCCUCUUCUACCUGUUGGCAUCAAGCAACGCCCUUUACAAACCAGUGGAGGUUAUAACACGAGUUCAACCGAACUUUGGUCCCAGAUUGGGUAUCGCCUUAUCUGUGGCUAUUAAUCAGGUAUUCAGAGCCUCUUUCAAGAUGGCGUUGUUCUAUGGUCUGUGGACGUGGCUGGUACACAAUUUGUUCGGUGCCAAAGUGGUCUAUCUUCCAUCAGUUUUAGCUGCUGUAUUAGGUGCAGCACCGUUCUUAGGGCCCUAUCUAGCGGGAAUUCCCGCAGCUCUGGACGUAUGGCUACAGGGCAGGCCUAUGGCUGCCUGCUUGCUGCCCAUAGCUCAAGCUGCGCCUAUUGCCUUCCUGGAUGCUGCAGUUUACGCAGAAAUAAAGGACGGUGGCCAUCCAUAUGUUACUGGUCUAGCUAUCGCAGGAGGUAUCUUCUACUUAGGCCCGGAGGGCGCAAUACUCGGACCCCUCCUCCUUUGCUGCCUCAUGGUAGUGCUCAACCUGUCUUCCACCUUCCUCAGAGACACUCCCUCUGAAGAACGUGCCGCUUUACAUUCACGUGUCAGGUCGUUAUUGGAAUGUAUUUUAAAG